ACGCAGAGCCACCAUGGAGCUGCGUCUCUCCGUCUGCGUCCUGCUGCUGCUCUGUGCGCCAAGGAGCUCCGAUGGAGGAAAGAUCUUAGUGUGGUACACUGAGGCCAGCCACUGGAUCAACAUGAAGCCGGUCCUGGAGACGCUGGUGGACAGAGGACACCAGGUGACGGUCCUGGUCCCCAGCGCGUCCAUGUUCAUGAACAGCAGCGAGCCGUCUCGCUUCCAGUACGAACCGUUCGACGUCUCCGUCUCGGUGAAAGAUGUAGAACAGAUGUUUGAACAAAUGAUUCACUUAUUCAUAAAUGAGAUGGAUCACUUGAGCACGCUUGAGAUUUACUUUAGAUUUGUAGAUUUAAUAAGCAAUAACUUUAAAGUUUCUCUAAAGUUCUUGGAUGGGGUGAUGAAAUCAGAACGCAUCAUGAAGAAGCUGAAGGAGGGAAACUACGACCUGCUUUUCGCUGAUCCAAUCUACCCCGGCAGUGACCUGACUGCGGACCUUUUAGGACUCCCUCUCGUCUUCUCUUUGCGUUUCUCCAUAGCUCAUAAUGUUGAGAGGCUUUGCGGUCAGAUGCCUGCUCCACCUUCCUUUGUCCCCGGCGCUAUGAGCAAACUCACAGACAAGAUGGACUUCUCAGAGAGACUGUGGAACGUCCUCUUCUACGCUCUGCAGGACGUCGGGAUGGAACGUUUUAUGUGGAAAGAGCUUGACAAAUAUUACUCUGACAUCACCGGAACGCCCACCAGUGCCUGUAAGAUGAUGGGUAACGCUGAUAUAUGGUUGCUGAGAACUUACUGGGAUUUUGAUUUUCCUCGUCCGUUCCUCCCCAACUUCAAAUUUGUUGGAGGGAUCCACUGCAGACCAGCUAAGCCUUUACCAAAGGAGAUGGAAACAUUUGUCCAAAGCUCUGGAGAUGCUGGGAUUGUGGUCUUCUCUCUAGGAUCUAUGGUCAAGAACCUGACCACAGAGAAAGCAAACACGAUAGCUUCAGCCCUCGCUCAGAUUCCACAAAAGGUGGUGUGGAGAUACAGUGGACAGAAACCCCAAACUCUGGGUUCUAAUACCAGAAUAUAUGAUUGGAUCCCACAAAAUGACCUGCUGGGUCACCCUAAAACUAAAGCUUUCAUCACUCACGGUGGAACAAACGGGAUCUAUGAGGCCAUCUACCACGGCGUUCCCAUGGUGGGGAUCCCCAUCUUUGGUGACCAGCCAGACAACAUGGUGCACAUGGAGGCCAAAGGAGUGGCGCUUACUGUUAACCUGAACUCUAUGACAGCUGAGAGCCUCAGAGACGCUGUGAACACGGUCAUUAACAACAAAUCCUACAAAGAAAACAUGAUGCGACUGUCCAAAAUCCACCACGACAGGCCCAUAAGCCCUCAGGAUGAAGCAGUUUUCUGGAUCGAGUUCACCAUGAGGAACAAAGGAGCAAAGCACCUGAGGGUCCAGGCCCACGAGCUCACCUGGUACCAGUAUCACAGCCUGGACGUCCUAACCUUCCUCCUCACAAUAAACCUGCUCCUCAUCUUCGUCCUCUUCAAGACCUGCAGUUUCUGUUUCCGGAGAUGCUGCGGCAGAAAAACAACAAAGAGAAAAGCUGAAUAAAAAACGCAAGAUCUCUCACUGUAACGUGUCUGUAAGCGUUGAUUCUGUAAUGCUUACUAAAGUAAAGAUAUAAAAAAAAAGCUGUAUAAACAGGCUGGCGUGGAGUUGCCUGUUCUGACAUACACAUAGUUAAGCUUGGCAUUUAUUAGCAUUUCUAUGAGUAAUUAUAGAUUCAACAUGAUUAAUCUGUGAUUGUAGUAAAUCACAUCACUUCUUGGACAUGUUUGUUGCCAUUGCUUUACACUGCCCAGGAAAAAUUUAUCAAAUUAUUCAAAAUUAUAAGUAAAAAUACUGAUUUUAUUUAAAUCUGUCAUUGGUUUAUACUAGGUUAUUUACUUUCUACAUUUUGCUUUCUGUUUGCAUGUCUCUACCAAUGUUAAAUUAUAAUAGUAUUAGAUUAGGGGAAAUAAACAAACAGGAGAUUGUCCCUUAAAAGUAGUCAUGAUGGGCAUUACUGUUGAUAUCAUGGAUGUUGUGUUUAUCUCAUGGCUCUUUGCUUCAGUAUGUAACCUCUUAUUUUCAAAAAUAUAUCGGGGUCUUUUUC